AAGCACUCAGCCGGACUCGAGGCUUUGAACUUACGCCGCGCACAUAUAUAAAACAAACAAAAGCCAUGGAUAUAGCAUACGAUCACAUCCAAGGGGAGAUCCUCUCCUCCAACGACACCAAGAAGGAGGGCACCUCCCAAGACGAGAACAAAACACAGCAGCAGUCAAACGUCGACCUGAACGCCGAGCUGCAGGAAACCUUCCGCGCCUUUUCCGCGAGCCCAUGGGGCAUGCGCAUUGGCGGCCUAUGGGACAAUGUUCGCAAGCAGGGAGAGACUUACUACGAAGGUGCGAAGCAGGAGUACGCCGCGGCCAGCGAGGAAGCCGCCAAGGGCUUCUCGGACUUGAAGCAGAGUAUCGUGGGGCGCACGCGGGGUCUAUCUCUGAGCACGGCGUUUAAUGCCGGUGCCACGGAUAAGGCGGGCGAGGGGGAUACGGCUGCUACGCCGCAGGUGUCUCGGUCGGUGGAUGCUCAGGGGGAGUCUAGCGCCGGAGAGGGCUUCCUCUCAAGGUUUAAGGCGGAAGCUGCUAGACGGCUGAAAGAGAUUGAGAAGGCAGAGGAAGCUGCCGAUGAAGCUAUUAUGCGGUUCGGGAUGAAUAUUGGACAGAAGUUGCGCGAUGCGGUUAGCAUUGUUCCUCCGGAGUCGGAUUCCAGCAAGCUCCUCUUUGAGAGUAAGGAUGCGGAGGGAAAGAGGGUUAUUCAUGCUACUCGGUUUGAGGCUCAGUUGCAUGUUAUUCAUUCCAAUAUGGAGAGCUUCACUAAGGACCCGGUGAGCGGUGAGUGGCCUGCGUUCAAGGAGAAGUUCAAUGUGGACAAUAAGACCACUGAAAUCGCUGCCGAUCUUGAGAAGUACCCUGAGUUGCGGUCUGCUAUGGAGAAGCUGGUGCCUGAGCAGGUUGAUUAUGCAACCUUCUGGUGUCGAUACUAUUUCCUUCGUCUCGUCAUUGAGACUGAAGAACAGAAGCGCAAGGAGCUUCUUAAGGGUGCCAAUGUUGACGACGAGGAAGAGGUUGGCUGGGAUGAUGACUCGGAUGAUGAUACUGAUUCGCCCUCUACCCCUCAAGCUAAAGUUGGCAGCAACAAGGCCAACGUCGCCCAGGGCUCUGCCAGCGCUGCUCCCAACAACAAAGAAUUGAAACCCAAUGAGCCCCGCAAGUCUAACGACCAACAAUCCCAGCCUGACAGUGAAUCCAGCUAUGAUUUGGUCAGUGGUGCCACCAGCCGGACUCCUGCAAGCCCUAAGGAGAAAGCCAAGGAUGACGACAGCGAUGAUGACUGGGAGUAAGAAAUAAAAUGAAAUAUGAACCGGUCAAUAGAAGGGGGCACCUUUAAUAGUCACAACUUGACCAAUUACUUGACCACUGGCUGGUCCGAAUAACACUUGGUAACGAGGGUGCGAGGAGUUAGGGUUGUUACUUCUUUCUAUCUACUUAGUUGGCGUUGCAGGAUCCUCCUUAUUUUCUUGCGUUCUUCAGCGAUUUACGU